UUAAAAUGGCUGACUAUUGCAAAGUCAUGCCGUGACGUAACUGGACGGCGUCGCAUAACGCUUGAAUGAAGAAGUGUGUGUCUUCCAUUGGUUAAUAUGGCGCUGGCAAGUGUGUUGAGUUCAGAAGAUCUGUCGUGGAACCGGCCCCGGGAUAGAGCGGUCCACUGCGACCUCGACCUCCAUGGAACCAGUUUCCAGGUGCUUCCGGGCGCUGGCGAAGGAGCCGCCGAGCCUGGGAUCGAGUUUCUGCAUGGGACAACCACCCUGGCCUUCAAGUUCCGUCAUGGAGUUAUUGUGGCUGUAGACUCCCGUGCUACGGCUGGUGCAUACAUUGCCUCACAAACAGUGAAGAAGGUGAUUGAGAUUAAUCCGUACCUUUUGGGUACUAUGGCAGGAGGUGCUGCAGACUGUAGCUUCUGGGAGAGACUCCUUGCCCGUCAGUGCCGCAUUUAUGAACUGAGGAACAAGGAGCGCAUUUCGGUGGCAGCUGCAUCAAAACUGUUGGCAAACAUGGUUUACCAGUACAAAGGCAUGGGGCUAUCCAUGGGAACUAUGAUUUGUGGCUGGGAUAAGAGAGGACCUGGUCUGUACUAUGUAGACAGUGAAGGGAAUCGUGUGUCAGGUUCAGUGUUCUCUGUGGGCUCUGGCUCCAUGUAUGCCUAUGGUGUUCUGGACAGAGGAUACAACUAUGAAAUGGAGGUAGAAGAAGCCCAGGAGCUGGCACGGCGUUCCAUUUAUCAGGCCACAUAUCGUGAUGCUUAUUCUGGUGGAGUGGUGAAUUUAUACCACGUGCGCGAGGAUGGCUGGGUGCGGGUGUCCCAAGAUGAUGUUGCAGAUUUGCACCAGAAAUAUCGGGGUCAAGUUAACUAGGAGUUGGGAUUCUUAAGGCUUUAGAAUCCAGUACAAGUAACCAGCUGACAAAUACUGGAGGGAGAAGAAAAUUAGUCAGGUGGAUCCCAUUUUCAAUUUUGUUUGCGUUGCUUUCCAAUAAUUGUCACAUUAAAUAAUCUUUGUUUCAAAACUUA